AGCCAUGCCUGAUGGAGCUCUGGAUGCGGCCAUGCGUGCUGACGAGGCAGGGAGCGAGGAGGACCUGUAUGAGGACCUGCACGGCUCUGGCCACCACUACAGCCACCCUGGAGGGGGCGGCGAGCAGCUGGCCAUCAACGAGCUUAUCAGCGAUGGCAGUGUGGUCUGUGCUGAAGCGCUCUGGGACCAUGUCACCAUGGACGACCAGGAACUGGGCUUCAAAGCUGGGGAUGUCAUCGAAGUGAUGGAUGCCACCAACAGAGAGUGGUGGUGGGGCCGAGUCGCUGAUGGCGAGGGGUGGUUUCCGGCCAGCUUCGUGCGGCUGCGGGUGAACCAGGACGAGCCCGCGGACGACGAAGCCCCGCGGCCCGGGGACGGCGCGGCCGGGGACGGCGGGGCGGAGGCGCAGAGCAGCAAGGACCAGAUGCGCACCAACGUCAUCAAUGAGAUCCUCAGCACCGAGCGGGACUACAUCAAGCACCUGCGGGACAUCUGCGAGGGCUACCUCCGGCAGUGCCGCAAGCGCGCGGACAUGUUCAGCGAGGAGCAGCUGCGCACCAUCUUCGGGAACAUCGAGGACAUCUACCGGUGCCAGAAGGCGUUCGUGAAGGCCCUGGAGCAGAAGUUCAAUCGCGAGCGCCCACACCUGAGCGAGCUGGGCGCCUGCUUCCUGGAGCACCAAGCAGACUUCCAGAUCUACUCCGAAUACUGCAACAACCACCCCAACGCCUGCGUGGAGCUCUCCCGGCUGGCCAAGCUCAGCAAGUACGUGUACUUCUUUGAGGCCUGCCGGCUGCUGCAGAAGAUGAUCGACAUCUCCCUGGAUGGCUUCCUGCUGACCCCGGUGCAGAAGAUCUGCAAGUACCCUCUCCAGCUGGCCGAGCUGCUCAAGUACACACACCCCCAGCACAGGGACUUCAAGGAUGUCGAAGCUGCUUUGCAUGCCAUGAAGAAUGUGGCCCAGCUCAUCAAUGAACGGAAACGGAGACUUGAAAACAUUGACAAGAUUGCUCAGUGGCAGAGCUCCAUUGAGGACUGGGAGGGGGAAGAUCUCUUGGUCAGGAGCUCGGAACUCAUCUACUCGGGGGAGCUGACUCGAGUUACCCAGCCUCAAGCUAAGAGCCAGCAGAGAAUGUUCUUUCUCUUUGACCACCAGCUUAUCUACUGUAAGAAGGACCUGCUCCGCCGGGACGUGCUGUACUACAAGGGCCGGCUAGACAUGGACAGCCUGGAGGUGGCAGACCUGGAGGACGGGAAGGACAGAGACCUCCACGUGAGCGUCAAGAACGCCUUCAGGCUGCACUGUGGCACCACAGGGGACAGCCACCUGCUGUGCACCAGGAAGCCCGAGCAGAAGCAGCGCUGGCUCAAGGCCUUUGCCAGGGAGAGGGAGCAGGUGCGGCUGGACCAGGAGACAGGCUUCUCCAUCACCGAGCUGCAGAGGAAGCAGGCCAUGCUGAACGCCAGCAAGCAGCAAGCCACCGGGAAGCCCAAGGCUGUUGGCCGGCCCUGCUAUCUGACGCGCCAGAAGCACCCGGCACUGCCCAGCAGCCGGCCCCAGCCGCAGGUCUUGGUGCUGGCAGAGCCCAGGCGGAAGCCGUCCACCUUCUGGCACAGCAUCAGCCGGCUGGCCCCCUUCCGCAAGUGAGCCAGCACCCCACCUACAGCUCUCGGUGGCCCUGCCUGCCAGCGGUCCCCAGCUUUUCCUUCCUGAGGCCCACUCCAUCUGGCCCUUCUCUGCCUGUUCUGCAACAUGGAAAUGAUCAGGGCUGAGCAAGGGAGUUGCUGCUCAUGCCACCAGGACUCGCAACCUGCCAGGUCUGUGCUUCCAUUUCUGGUUUUUUCACUGCUGCUGGAACAGCGAGGAGGCCAGCUAGGAGAGGCAGGGCCCCCGCACCUGCAGCCCCCUCCAGCCCUCGAGACCUGUGCAGGGCCCCGCUAUCCCGGCACCUGGGAACCACCGCUCAGAGCCAGCGACCGGGCUGACUACCACGGAUGCUCUUUGGAAAGCUCGUCUUCCCUUCUCCCAUCUUCUCUGGGCAGGAGUGACUGACUCUGCCAUGUGCACCUCUGCCCUCCAGUUCUCCUAUUGGGCCCCCAGCCCCGGCCCAGCCAGUGGCUCCAGGCAGCUUGUGAGCUCAGAGGGUGGGAACCAGGAAUUCUGCGCCCCAAUGUUUGGCCCAGAGCCCACCCUUCUGCCUUCCAGCCCCUCUCUAGACACUGCUGGCCGCCGGACACCCUCUUCACUUGUGCUGUGUGUCUGUAGUGGAAAGAACAAGCCCGCAGAGUCAGCUGUGCACGUGGUCGGGGUGUGUACCGGCCCACCUGUGGCUGUGGGGUACCUCCUCAGCCACCUGGUUCUUGUUUUUCUUGUUUGGAUUUUGUCGUCUUGUUUUUCUAACAAUGGAGAAAAAUAACUGAUUCUUGUUAGUGACACAGAAAGAUUGCCUUACCAUACUGAGCGUGAGAAGCCAUAAGGACUGAAUUCUGUGGCCCAGCAUCAAGGACUGGCCCAGCCCCCAGGCCGUGGGCACGCGGAGAGUACCCAUCCGCCAAGGGGCGCCCGCCCAGUGUGUCGGGGCGGAGGCCACAAGAUUCAGCAGCAUGGACAGUCAUUCUUGCACUAUUCCUUCUCCAAGCCAGAAACCACAUUUAAUUUCAUAAAGAAACUUGUGAAAAGUAACCCGACUGCCAGCCAGUUCUGUUGGUGUGUGCGUUUCCUCUUCUACACGCCCCUUCCCUGUCUCUGCCCUAGGCCUCUCCCAAAAGAGGAGCAAUGAGCCCAGCAGCCUCCAGAGGGGGUGGGGGC